CCCCCCUUCUCUCACUCCUAAAGACUAUAGUCCUCCCCUUGCCUAUUUACAGUGUUAUAACUACUAAAGGCUCUCUCAUCCAUUUUCUGUCGGUGGGCCCACCCCUCUCCUUCCAAACAGAACCCUUCUUGUCCCCUCCUCACAAGUACGCUUCGUUCUGGCCGCUCCUUAAUCCUCUCCUUCAUUGGCACCAUCGCUUUGAAAUCGGGGAGUCCAAUAAUCCGAUUCGAAUUCGAGAUUUUUUUUUUUUUUGGUGCGAGGGUUUUGGGGAGCGAUGGGGUUGAUCUCGGGGUUCGUGAUGGGGGCGCUGGUCGGGAUCGCUCUCGUCGCUGGAUGGAGCCGAAUGAUGACGCAUCGCAGCACGAAGCGAAUCAGCAAGGCCGUCGAUAUAAAGCUUCUGGGGUCACUUAACCGAGAGGAUCUGAAGAAACUCUGUGGUGACAAUUAUCCUGAGUGGAUAUCUUUUCCUGCAUUUGAACAGGUGAAGUGGCUCAACAAGCAACUGAGCAAACUAUGGCCUUUCAUUGCUGAGGCUGCAUCAAUGGUCAUUAAGGAAUCUGUUGAGCCAAUGUUAGAAGAUUAUCGUCCACCUGGUAUAACAUCACUUAAGUUUAGCAAACUCUCCCUUGGAUAUGUUUCACCAAAAAUUGAAGGCAUUCGAGUGCAGAGCCUUACGAAGGGUCAAAUUACAAUGGAUAUUGACUUGAGAUGGGGUGGAGAUCCAAGCAUAAUUCUUGCAGUGGAAGCACUUGUUGCAUCAUUGCCCAUUCAGUUGAAGGAUCUUCAGGUCUUCACUGUGAUCCGUGUUAUUUUUCAGCUUUCUGAAGAGAUUCCCUGCAUUUCUGCUGUUGUCGUUGCUCUCCUAUCAGAUCCAAAGCCUAGAAUAGAUUACACUUUAAAAGCUGUUGGCGGAAGCCUGACUGCUAUUCCUGGUCUUUCAGAUAUGAUAGAUGACACUGUAAAUUCAAUUGUCUCAGACCAGCUGCAAUGGCCUCAUAGGAUUGUUGUCCCACUUGGCGGUGUAGAUGUAGACACGAGUGAACUUGAGCUUAAACCGCAAGGAAAGCUUACAGUAACAGUAGUGAAAGCUAAUGCUUUGAAAAAUAAGGAAAUGAUUGGUAAAUCUGAUCCUUAUGUGGCUUUGCAUAUACGCCCCAUGUUUAAGGUUAAAACAAAAGUGAUUGACAACAAUCUCAAUCCCGUAUGGAAUGAAACAUUUGAGUUGAUUGCUGAAGAUAAGGAGACACAAGCUCUUAUUCUUGAGGUUUUUGAUGAAGACAAUCUUGCACAAGACAAAAGAUUGGGCAUAGUCAAGUUACCGCUGAUCGAUUUGGAACCUGAAACUACCAAAGAAUAUGAGCUUAGAUUGAUGCCCUCACUGGAUAUGAUGAAGAUUAAGGAUAAGAAAGACAGAGGGAUUCUCACUAUUAAGGUGACAUACCAUGCGUUCAACAAAGAGCAGCAGCUAGCAGCACUCGAAGAAGAGAGGAGAAUUUUAGAAGAACGAAAGAGAUUGAAGGAGGCUGGGAUGAUUGGGAGCACAAUGGAUGCGCUCGGUGGAGCAGCAUCCUUGGUUGGAUCAGGUGUUGGGCUUGUGGGAACCGGUGUUGGCGCUGGUGCUGGGUUGGUGGGGACUGGAUUAGGUGCAGUUGGAAGUGGAAUCAGUAAAGCUGGUAAGUUUAUGGGCAAAAGCGUCACAAAUCAAUUCAGCGGUGCUCGUAGGAGUGGGAGCAACAUGGACAGAAAUGAAAGCUAAGCGUGAAGCUUAGCUUGCAUUAGGGUUCUACUUGGGUUAUUUGUGUGUAUGAUACGUGUUAUAUAUUUACGAAUGGAGAUGGAUUACUGUUCUGGUUUUCUGAUUGCUUUAGUUCUGAUUUGGACCUGUGCGAAGACCGUUAUUUCGUGGUUUUGGUCAAAUUCACCACUCAGAAAUGGGAGCCAGACGAAGAUGCAAUCCAUCAGACCUUCAGUUAAUACGAAUUGUUGUUGACUAUGUAAUGUGAUGUAAAAAAAGAUCCUGUACAAGAACCAGGACAAGUGAUAAAUGUAUUUCUAAGGUUCUAUUUUAUUUUAUCUUUACCAAGAAAGUGUUUAUGAACGC